AUAUGUCUUUACCAAUUAAUUAUCUCUAGGCAAUUGAUAAUUUGAGAAUUGACAUUAAGAUAUUGACAAUUGACAAAUCAAGCUUUCAUCAGAUGUUUAUAAAAAUAAAUGUAACAAAUUAAAAAUUAAAUAGAAUUUAGGUGAGACACAUAUUUAUUCGUAUUUCUGUAAAAUAAUGCCGGAAGCGACAGUCCUACCAAAAAAAUUUUCAGAUGGACCUCAUGGACUUGGAGAUCCUGAGGACAGAUCGUUGAGAAAAGUUGAAGUCGAAGUAGUUAUUCCAAAACUAAUGAGGGAAAAGGCUAAAACUGAAAAAUGCAUCAAGGAGGUUGAAGAUUUUAAUAAAUGCUGUAAAGCCUCGUCUCUUUUUAUGGUUUUUAAAUGUAGAGAUGAAAACUCAGCGCUAAAAUCUUGCAUGGCUAAAUGGUAUAAUGAUGAGAAAUUUAAAAAUGUAUGCACUGAGGAAUAUCUACAGCAAAGAAGUGAAUAUAGAAAAACAGGUAUAAAGAAAUCAAUAAGAAGAGUUUGAGAUCUUGAAUGUACCUUAAUGUAGAUAAGAUAAAUAAAACAUAAUUUAGUCUA